AUUAUCUUUGCAUUUGGAGAUAGGCAGUGACCACCUAACAAAACAUCCAGCUAUAAAUUGUGAUAUUUGCAUUUGGAGAAAAUCAUAAAUUUUUUGUAACCACAAAAACUCACAAAAAGAAUGAGCGAGAAGGAGCUCCCCGACCACUUGAGAGAAGACUACUUGAGCGAAGAAACCAAAACAUUAUUCUUUGCACUUCCUUCAACCAAAGAUUUUCUAGGGAAGCUCUACAACUACCAAGGAUGUUGGUACUACCCCAACACUCUCCUAGGAGUCCUGAAUUUCCAGAAAGGUUUCACGCCUCAAGAAACCGAUAUAGUCAUCGCUUCUUUCCCUAAAUCCGGCACCACUUGGCUCAAAGCUCUCACAGUGGCUCUCCUUGAGAGAUCGAAGAACAGUUCUUCUGAUCUUCCUCAUCCUCUUCAAUCCGAUAACCCUCAUGGUUUAGUACCCUUCUUGGAGACCAAUGUGUAUCUCAAUUGCUCAACACCUGACCUGACCAAGUUCUCAUCUCCGAGGCUGUUCUCGACUCACAUGCCGUUACAUACGCUUAAAGUACCCUUCAAGGACUCCCCAUUCAAGAUCGUGUACGUGUGCAGGAACGUGAAGGACGUGUUGGUAUCGCAAUGGUAUUUCAGGUGCGCGUAUCUUCAAACAGAAGUAGACAAAAGCCUUCUCGAGUCUUCGUUAGAUUCAUUAUGCAGUGGAGUUGGCUAUUUUGGUCCCUUUUGGGAAAAUGUAUUAAGCUAUUGGAGAGGUAGCUUGGAAGAUCCCGAGCAUGUUCUCUUCAUGAGGUACGAGGAAAUGAAGUCAGAGCCCGCUGCUCAGGUUAAGAGACUUGCAGAGUUCUUGGGUUGUCCGUUCACAGAGGAAGAAGAAGAGGGCGGAUCUGUGGACAAGAUCUUGGAACUAGGGCUGGGCAAAAAAUCCGAAUCCGAAAAACCAAACCGAACCCGAUCCGAAAAAGUAGCACCGAACCCGAACCGAAAUUGAUUAAGUAUCCGAACGGGUUAAAAAUUUCGGUAUUUAAAGAACCGAAACCGAAUCCGAUCCGAACCGAAAUAUUUUGGGUACCCGAAUGUAUCCGAAAUAAAUUUAUAUACUUAAAUAUAUACAUUAUUUUUAUAUAUAAUGUAUAUUAAAAAU